GAAGCCUGCCCCCGGGGCCGGUCCCAGAGGGCCUGAUCCGCGUCUACAGCAUGAGGUUCUGCCCCUACGCGCACAGGACGCGUCUUGUCCUCCGGGCCAAAGGCAUCAGACAUGAAGUUAUCAACAUUAACCUGAGAAACAAGCCUGAGUGGUACUAUACAAAACACCCUUUUGGCCAAAUUCCUGUCCUGGAGAACAGUAAAUGUCAGUUGAUCUAUGAAUCUGUCAUCGCUUGUGAAUACCUGGAUGAUGCUUAUCCUGGGAGAAAGCUGUAUCCAUAUGACCCUUAUGAGCGGGCUCGCCAAAAGAUGUUAUUGGAGUUAUUCUAUAAGGUCCCACAUUUGACCAAGGAGUGUCUGGUAGCAUUGAGAUGCGGGAGAGAAUGCGCUGAUCUGAAGCUUGCCCUGCGUCAGGAAUUCUGCAACCUUGAAGAGAUUCUUGGCUAUCAGAACACCAUCUUCUUUGGUGGAGACUGUAUAUCCAUGAUUGAUUACCUCUUUUGGCCCUGGUUUGAGCGACUGGAUGUAUAUGGAAUCGCCGACUGUUUGAACCACACGCCAGCACUUCGGCUCUGGACAGCGGCCAUGAAGCAGGACCCCACAGUGUGUGCUCUUCUCAUAGAUAAGAACAUUUUCUUGGGCUUCUUGAAUCUUUAUUUUCAGAACAACCCUGAUGCCUUUGACUAUGGGCUAACUUGCUGAGCCUCAGUCCACCCCUUCACCAUCCAGAAUUCCCAAGCAUGUCGUGACUCUGCAUCAGGAAUUGUUUUGGUGGGUCAGACAACCUCUGUUCGUUUUCUUUGAGGUUCCCAAUAAACGUGGAGACAGAAAAUGUAUUCUUUCUGAUAAUCCAUUUGUGUGACUCUUCUGGCCCAUACCUUCUAACGAUUCUCUAGAAAUCUCUAGUGCCCAGUGCUAAUGUCCAAGCACGUUUGGGAGCCUGGGAGCCUGUGUGCCUCCUGGCUCCUUGGCCUUUGGCCCAGUUUGACCUCCAGAUUAUUGGUGCUGAUGCUGAUGUGGGGGUUCAAGGCCUGCCCAUCAGUGAUGUUCAUCACCACAGACUGGCACUGUCCACAACCUCCCUGGUGAGCUGGAAAGCUAGAGAAGAGGAGGAAGAAAACACUCCAGGUCCAAAUCCUCUCCAUUUGGCACAUGAGAGCUGCUGUCCACAUGGGCAUGCAUGAGUGUCAUUCACGUUCCCACUUUGG